AUGUGGCUUGGUGCUGUGCAUAUUAUACGAUCAGGCUCAAAGGGUGAUAAAGCAACAGUUUCUGCUAUAAAUUACACUGAUAUUCCACAUACUCAGAAACAUCAACUCAUUAACCAACAAAGACAGAAGAGAAAGAAAGAAAGAAAAAAACAACAAAGAACAACCAUACCUAUAGGAAGUUCUUAUGCAAUUGACCACCCAAGGGUUGGCAACAAAUGUUUAAUGGAUAAAUCAUGGAUUUCCUCUAGUAGAUUAUCAAAUGCAUAUGAUGAAGGUGUGAAUGCUUUUCUAGAGUUUGCACAAACUAAUAAUCCAAAGUUAGAUGUUAUUCCAUGCCCUUGUGUAAAUUGCAUCAAUUUGUGUCACCACUCAAUUGACAAUGUCCGUUAUCAUUUGUUUGCCCACGGCUUCGAUGAGAAUUAUAAGAUUUGGUCUUUCCAUGGAGAAAAACAACCCAAUAGUGAUUCUAGAUGCCCUAACAAUUCCAUUCCUCCUGAUGCUAUUUAUACAAAGGAUAUGCUUCAUGAUGCCUUCAAAUACGUAGACGAUGAACCUGAUUCGUUGAAAUCACUUCUUGAAGAGUGUGAUAAGCCACUUUAUGUAGGGUCAAAGUAUAAUGCACUUAGUGGAUUAUUGAAAUUCCAACAUUUGAAGGGUCAAUUUGGAUGGUCUGAUGCUAGUUUUGAUGCUUUGUUGUCUGUCCUAAAAGAUAUCUUACCAUCAAACAAUACCAUCCCUAGCUCGAUAUAUGAGUCCAAGAAGUUGCUAAAAGGAGUAGGUCUACAAUAUGAGAAGAUUCAUGCAUGUGAAAAUGAUUGUGUUCUAUUCUGGAAAGAACAUAAAGAUGCUUCUCAUUGUCCAACUUGUGGCACUUCUCGUUGGAAGAAGAAUUCCAAAAACGUACCUUCAAAAGUUUUGUGGUAUUUUCCUAUCAUCCCUAGAUUUAGAAGAAUGUUUUCAAUACCACAAAUUGCUCAUGACUUAACUUGGCAUGCACAAGGUCGGGUCAAUAGUGGGAAGCUUACUCAUCCUCGCGAUACCCCUUCUUGGAAGCUUGUUGAUAACACGUGGAAAGAAUUCGGACAGGAAAAACGAAAUCUUAGAUUAGCCUUGUCUGCUGAUGGUAUCAAUCCACACAAGUCAUUAAGUUCCAAGCAUAGUUGUUGGCCAGUUAUCCUAAUAACAUAUAAUCUACCCCCUUAUUUGUGUAUGUCAAGAAAAUUCAUGAUGUUGACUCUGUUGAUAUCCGGGCCAAACCAACCUGGUAACAAUAUUGAUGUCUACUUGGCACCAUUGAUAGAAGAUCUAAAGCUCUUGUGGGAAACUAGCGUUGAGACUUUUGAUUCUCAUAAGAAAGAAUACUUCAAUUUAAGAGCAAUAUUACUUUGGACUAUAAGUGAUUUUCCCGCGUAUGGUAAUCUUUCGGGGUGUGUUAACAAAGGUUAUUAUGCUUGUCCAAUAUGUUCAAAGAAUACUUGUUCACAAUGGUUGCCAAAGUCCAAAAAAGUAUGCUUCCUUGGGCAUAGAAGAUUCCUACCACUUGAACAUCCUUUUCGCAAAAGAAAAAAACAUUUCAACAAUCAACAUGAGCACGAUUUUAUGCCACAACCAUCAUCAGGUGAAGAGAUUUAUGACUAUCUGGCGGGAUUUGAGACUACAUGGGGUAAGAAGAUAAAGCCAAAGAAGGUAGUAUCAAAGAAGGUAGGAUCAAAGAAGAUAAAGUUAAAGAAGAUAAAGUCAAGGAAGGGAGCGUCAAAGAAGGAAACGCUAAAGAAGGAGAAGACAAAGAAGAAAAAAGAAAGUAUCGACGAGAGAUCUAAAUUUUGGCAUAAAAAGUCGAUUUUUUUUGAACUUGAAUAUUGGAAGAAGUUGCCUGUUCGCCAUCAGUUAGAUCUCAUGCACAUAGAAAAAAAUGUGACCGAGAGUGUUUAUGGGACAGCGUUGAAUUUGCCUCACAAGACGAAGGAUGGAUUAAAAGCACGAUAA